AGCAGGAGGAGGAAGAUGAACAAGAAAAAGGUGUUCAACUUGGCCAAGGGUUUCCGAGGCAGGGCAAAGAACUGCAAUAGAAUCGCGAGGGAGAGGGUCGAGAAAGCCCUGCAGUACUCCUACAGAGACCGCCGCAGUAAGAAGCGUGAUAUGCGGUCUCUCUGGAUCCAGCGCAUCAACGCCGGCACUCGCCUCCACUCAGUCAAUUACGGUAACUUCAUGCAUGGGUUGAUGAAGGAGAACAUCCAGCUGAAUAGGAAAGUUCUGUCAGAAUUGUCCAUGCAUGAGCCACUUAGCUUCAAGGCCCUUGUGGACAUUUCUCGUAAUGCCUUCCCUGGGAACAAGAAUGUGGUUCAUCCUCCCAGGAAGGUAAGCAUUCCAGUCAGUGUCUAGUAUGUUUGUCGCUUUGUCUCUCUUGUUUCUCUUUUUGGGCUUGACAUUCGACCCAUUGUUUCGUGGUUCCUUCAAAGUUUCUACUGGUUUAGAAAGAAUUUACAGACUGAACUUUGGAAUCUCAAUCAUCUUUUGCUUGCAUAUUCUCUCAA